GGGGUCCUUCGCUUCGGUUGAAUGAUGUUUGAUAGGCUGUGGAUUUCAUUACUUGCAGUCUCCUUCAAUUCGCCCUCCACUCCAGUCCAACCGGUGAAGUCUACAGCGGCGCCACUAACAUCUGAAAUAAAGUCACUUUAGUUGAGCUCUAGUCCCAUAUUUUACCGGUAAGUGAAGCAACUAAACUGGCUUUUACUGUAGGUGAACAAGCCAAACUAUAUAUUUUCGCAGUUUAUGACCACGCUUGCCCGAGAACUGCCUGACACGCUAUCACUAAAUGUUCCUAGCUAGCUAGCCAGCCGGUUAGCAUUAGCUAGCUAUUGAGCUGUGCUGCAGGGACUAUUUAUGUCCGCUGCACAUGUGUGAAAUUAAGACUACAAAUUAAACUAGGUUACUUUGGAGCAGCUAACUGUGAGUUAGUUAGGAGAGAACUCCAGUAUUGUGCGCCAACUCAAUCUGCCAACGAACGUAGCUGUAACUAAUUUAGUUAGCUUCCUUGGCAUGCAAUGCAUGUCUGGCAAUGCAGACGUCCAGCAGGUUACAUAGCUAGUUGUGUGCAUUGCUGACUAUUUUUAACGUGUCGAAACAACUUAUACAUUUCUGUACAGAAAAGGCACAAGGAGUAGGUACAUUGAUGUAUUGUCCAGAACGUUGUAGACACGCGCUUCUACGCCAGCUAGCUCGCCACAGCAACACUAGAUGGUUAUUAGCCAUAGGAUAGGUUGAAAUGUUAAUGGCUUCUCUCAGUUAACCUUCCCAACCUUUGCUCUGUAUGACGUUUGACAUUACACUUGCCAGACUUGGAAUACCAGUAUUUUCCAUGUCAUUAGCUUGCUAGCUAGCCACUUUAGCUAACGUUAGAUACAGAACUGCAAUUUACAUUUACAUUUUAGUCAUUUAGCAGGCGCUCUUAUCCAGAGCGACUUACAGUUAGUGAGUGCAUACAUUUUUCAUACUGGCCCCCCGUGGGAAUCGAACCCACAACCCUGGCGUUGCAAGCGCCAUGCUCUACCAACUGAGCUACAGGAGGCUCCCACUAUCUGCUAACUAGCUAACGUUACCAGUCAGUCUAACAUCUACUGAAUGUCAUGUGCCUGCUUCAUGGCAUAUGACGAGAACUGAAUUGCUUAAUUGAAGCAUAAAUUGUAGCAAGGAUUUAUGGUUGUCCACUUCUGAAAAGUGUGUACUGACAGGUGAAUGUCUUGACACUGUUAGUGUAGAACACUAGGCAUUCCUGAACCAUAUUAUAACAGUGUGGUGGACAUGGACAAUGUCAAAUUGUCUCAUACAAACUGAUGUACUCAACUCCACUGUUAUGACAACCACAUCAUGUCAAAAAUGGAUUCACUACACAAACACCCCUCGCUUACAGUAUACCAUAUGCUAUACACUCAUUCAAAGAUGAGGCCUCAUACGACCUAGGUAUGACUGUGUGGUCUUGUAACGGAAAGACCCACCUACCAUUGUCUGUCCUACAGACUGUUCUAGGAUAAUAGUAAUGUAGUCUCUGAAUUGCACCAUACCCAGUUAUUGAUUAAUAGGACAGACUGUGUAGGAGCCAGAACUUGGCUGGAGAGUGGAGCCCUUUCCAGACCCACCCCUACUAGAAUUGUUUUAUUUUCCUCCACCUGGCCUUGAUUGAGUGAGUCAUGGAGUUGUGGCCUAGUGUCAGUUUAGAUAAGUUGGCCAUGCAGACACACAGGCCACUUAUCAUGCCCACUUGGAGGAUCAGCAUCUGCAAGGGAACCCAUGCUCUGAGCUGAUAGAGCUGGCUCCUAUACAGACAGUCAACCACGCCCUUUUAAUGUAUAGUUGGGGGAAAAUAAACAUAUUAUCCCAAAGGAUGACUAGCUGUUUUGGAUGAAUAGCUAUGUUUAUAGACUCAAAAUAAACAUUGUUUUCUGAAGCAGGCACCCUUGCACAGGCAUUUUGUAAACCAAAAUAUACUCUGACUGUGUAAUGUAUGCAUUUUUUCUCCCUUGCUGCAGGUGUAAUGGCAGUGCCUCCAUCAUAUGGUGACCUCGGCAAAUCCGCCAAGGACAUCUUCAACAAAGGCUAUGGUACUGUACCCUUCACUCUGGAACAAAUAGGCUAUACUGUAGUGGUGGUUGUAAUGGAACACCUUGUGUAAGAAUAACCAUUAGGGUAGGUUUGUUAGAGGCAUGCUAAACCAAUAGGAGGGAUGGGCAGGUGCCCUUUCUAUAUGUAAGCAAUUGAUGUGACGUGUUAUUUUUGUGUCCAAGGAAAAUAUUUUAUAUAUAAUAAUAAAAACAAUAAAUGCAAAACAUUCUUACAGCACAUUUCUACAUGUUCUCCCCCGGAUCAAUUAUCACACAGCAUGAAAAUGUUUACAGUUUUGGCGUAUCAAAGUGUGAAAAUGUAAUAUGGUGUAACUGUCCGAGGAUGAAUUUGAACAACGAAAGUGUUGUGAAAUAGGUUUUAAUUUGUAAGAACUUUGCUUUCUCCCUGAAGGGUUUGGCCUGGUGAAGCUUGAUGUGAAGACCAAGUCUGACAGCGGAGUGGUAAGUUUACUUAUUUUCUUUCUAAUCAUUUGUGUACUUUGAAAAUGAAAGUAGAAUUAUAUCUACUCACUAAAAAAAAUUAAAAGGUACCCAAUUGUCAUACUUGAGUAAAAGUAAAGAUACCUUCAUAGAAAAUGACUCAAGUAAAAGUGUCACCCAGUAAAAUACUACUUGAGUAAAAGUCUAAAAGUAUUUGGUUUUAAAUAUACUUAAGUAUCAAAAGUAAAUGCAAUUGCUAAAAUAUACUUAAGUAUAAAAAUCAUUUAAAAUUCCUUAUAUUAAGCAAACUUUAAAAAAAAAAAAAAAAAAAAAAAAGACAUUUACAAAUAGCCAGGGGCACACUCUAACACUCAGACAUAUUUACAAACAAAGCAUUUGUGUUUAGUGAGUCCACCAGAUCAGAGGCAGUAGUAGAUGACCAGGGUUGUUCUCUUGAUUAGUGUGUGAAUUGGACCAUUUUCCUGUCCUGCUAAGCAUUCAAAAUUUAAGGAGUACUUUUGUGUGUCAGGGAAAUUGUAUGGAAUAAAAAGUACAUCAUUUCUUUAGGAAUGUAGUAAAGUAAAAGUUGUGAAAUACCCCAAAAAAUGACUUAAGUAGUACUUUAAAGUAUUUUUACUUAAGUACUUUACACCACUGUAUCUACUCUACCAUUUGUAGAAGUGUAUAUGUCUUUAUGAUCGCAGUAAUUGUGCAAUAGAAGGUAACUUUGAAUUUACAACCCUGGGAGCUUGACAGCAGCAUAGUUCAAUACACUCCUUGAUAAUAAAAGCCCAAGUGCUUUCAGAUAUUUUUACGACAUUGAUUUUUGUUCAUAUCUUGAUUUGAGUCUUUUUACGAAUGUUAUACAGGAGUUCAAAACGUCUGGCUCCUCAAACACGGACAACAGCAAGGUGGCGGGCAGCCUGGAAACCAAAUACAAGAGGUCCGAGUACGGCCUGACCUUCACAGAGAAGUGGAACACUGACAACACCCUGGGAACAGAGAUCACCAUCGAAGACCAGGUUUGGAUUCAACAAAACUUUAUUUAAAGUGCUUUUGUAACAAUCGGUUAGAUUUUGUUGUGUACGGCUGUCUAUGAAGCGUCAUGAUAGCCUUGACACACAAUUGGAAAAGGGGAUUCAAACAAAUAAUGAAUAUCCAAUAUGUCUUGAUCAAAUUAAAUGCAGGUAGAUCAACCUUGAGUUACCAGUCUUGUUCCAACUUUCUGUUCUUGUUCCUUCUAGAUUGCCAAGGGUCUUAAGCUGACAUUUGACACAACCUUCUCACCAAACACUGGGUAAGAUUAGUAAUGUACAAUUUCAAUGCAGAGGACUAGUUCUAGUACUUAUAGGAUCUAUGGGUGCCGAUGGUGUGAACAUGUAGUCAGUCCAGCACGUAGUGUCCUUACAUGAAGGUAACAUGAUCUGGGGUGCGCAGUCCUUACAGGCACGUGGGCGGAUCUGAGGUGACGGGUCAGUCAAAUGAACUUUAGUCUGAAAUGGCUCUCAUCUGUGUAGUAUUUAUUAUCACAUCCAAGCCAUGGAUUGUGUUACUGUUGUUUUUGUGCUUGUAUUUGAAUGGAGUUGUUUAUUCUCCUAGCAUUGCCUCCAGACUGCGACCAUUUGGUCGCAUUUUGCGUUCCUUUGACUUGGCUAUCCAACUUGCAUUUUUUUAUUGGUCGCAUUAAUGCGAGCUGCAAAUUCUCAGGCUAUUCCCCCCCCCAAAAAAAAAAAUAAUAAUAAUAAUAUUUGCCCACUAAAACCAUUAUUUGGUCCAACGGUAGCCUAAAGUGCCUUUUAAUAUCCGUAUUCCUCCAUGAAAGUCUGCCCAGCCACUGUGGCUGUUUCUCCUGAUUGCAUAAGCCUAUGUAUAGACAUCAUUGGGUAGUAUGCUGCCAAAUAAAAAUUUAGGGCAUUUCAUUUACUGUUAGAUUAAAUUAAAAGACUAACUAGCAGCCUAUUAUAUUUAGCAAUCUAGCUAAUGAGUUUCCACUUCCUCAGAUGAUGAAUUAGGCUAAGUCAUUUUGGGCUAUGUGAUAUUUGUACACACAAAAAUAAGCUAGCAAAUGAAUCUAUUGAAUAAAAUAAAUCUGUAAUUCUGGUGAUCUGCAGUCAUUGGUUUAGGUUGCACUUCAAAGUGUCUUGAUCAUGUGUCCUGCUUGGAGAUGUUAGAUGAAACCUACUUCUUGAAUCAUACCAUCACCGUAACACGGGACAAUUUUGGUGCGACCAAAUCAUGGGCUGGUGCCACCAACUGAAUGUUAGUGGCACCAGGAGAAAGGGUUGGCCUGGAGCCCUGUCCAAGCCCCCGGCCCUACCUCCACUCCUAUGCAGUAGUGCCUCCCCAGCCAGUCAACAUAGUAUUGACUUUCCUGGAAGUGUAAAUCAUGUGGGGAUGGAAUAUGGCACAUGCCUAGUAGUGACACAUGGUGGGCAAGUCGAGGAGGGGGUGGUCGUCGCACUGUCACUGCAUGUCCACUGAGCUCCGGGGGACGAGUUUCCCCUAGGUACAGAUCUAGGAUCAGCUUCCUUUAUCCUAACCUUAACCGUUAGUACAGAAAAUGUGAAAUUGACUCAAGAUCAGUGUCUAGGGGCAACUUCAACCCACAGAAGGCUACAGCUUUUCAGCUAGUGUCACGCUGCCCAGGCUAUUAGUUUAGAACUGGGCUUGGUGUCAUGUAACAUUAGCACAAGAGGCUCAUAAAGUCUGGUUGGUUGUGGUGUGUGUUGGUGCAACUACUAUAAGACUUGUUGGCUAGUGUAAUGAUGAUCCAGAAAGACGUGGCUCAGGAUUGUUAUUGCUUGUGGACUAUUGAUUAUGAACAUAAUAGUGUAUCGGUGAAUUAUUACUGGAGUGAGGUUUUCCAGCUCUUGGUUUGUCCCAAAUGCCUUCAUAUUCUGUUACGGUUGCUACAUUUCCAUCAGACUGGCUAUAUUAAGCCUGAGCUGUUUAUAUUAUGGUUCAGAAUGUAGGCUAUGGCUAACCAAAGCUGUUUUCCUUUCCAACACCAGCAAGAAGAGCGGCAAAGUCAAGACCGCCUACAAGCGCGAGUUUGUCAACCUGGGCUGUGACGUCGACUUUGACUUCGCUGGCCCCACUAUCCACGGAGCGGCCGUCGUGGGUUACGAGGGCUGGCUCGCUGGCUACCAGAUGACAUUUGACACGGCCAAGUCUAAGAUGACCCAGAACAACUUCGCUGUGGGAUACAAGACCGGGGACUUCCAGCUGCACACCAACGUGUAAUUGAGGGCAUACAUGUGUUUAUUAUGAAUUUCUAUUUAGAAUGUUAUGAAUUUCCAGUGCUCUGCUGUGUACAUACAGUACCAAUUACCUUCAAAGGCAAUACCUUGUCUAUUCAAUUGUAAAAAAAAAAAUAUAUAAAAAUAUAUACACACACAAAAAUGGACAUGGAUGAAUGGACAGAGCUGUAGGCAAUAUGGUGAUGGUUCAACCUGAAAAUGAUGAUCAUUGAAUAUCUAAUGAUUGAACCAAAGCCCCUAUACAGGGCUCAAAAUGUCCCUACAGGCCUCCCGAGUGGCACAGUGGUCUAAGGCGCUGCAUCGCAGUGCUUGCUGUGUCACUAGAGAUCCUGGUUCGAUUCCAGGCUCUGUCACAGCCGGCUGCGACAAUUGGCCCAGCGCCGUCCAGGGUAGGGGAGGGUUUGGCCGGCAGGGAUGUUCUUGUCCCAUCGCGCUCUAGCGACUCCUGUGGUGGGCCGGGCGCUGUGCACGCUGACUCUGUCGCUUCCGGGUUAAGCGGGCACUGUGUCAAGAAGCAGUGCGGUUGGGUUGUGUUUCGGAGGACGCACGACUCUCGACCUUCGCCUCUCCCGUGUCCGUAUGGGAGUUACAGCGAUGGGACAAGACGGUAGCUACCAAUUGGAUACCACGAAAUUGGGGAGAAAAAGGGGGUAAAAUACAACAACAAAAAAUUCCUACAAACUGCGUAGGAGGGUAAAGGGCUUUAUUUCAAACUGGCCUACCGAGAAAUACCCUAGUAAUGACUGUGUGCAGUUCUCUCCCUUUUCUUGUGUUACAGUAACGACGGUGCACAGUUCGGCGGCUCCAUCUACCAGAAGGUGAGCCCCGUGCUGGAGACAGCGGUCAACCUUGCCUGGACUGCCGGCAGCAACAGCACAAGCUUCGGCAUCGCAGCCAAAUACCAGCUGGACAAGAGCGCCUCCAUUAGUGUAAGUACAGAGCAGGAGUGACUCUCUUUGUGCCAGUUUCACAGACAGAUUUAGCCUAGACCAGGACUGAAAAGCAUUGUCGAUGGAGAUUUUCCAUUGAAUAUGUUUUUUUUUUUGUCCAGGACUUGGCUUAAUCUGUGUCUGGGGAAACCGCCUGUUUUUGUUUUUAGACUGUGUCCUAUGUAUAGUAUAUUGCUGUCUUCUACACUUACUACAUUGUCUGGCUCUCAAAUAUCAGAGUUGCUAAGUACAUUUCUGACUGCCGUCGUUAGGAACUUUACUCUGCCUUUUGGAUUUUAAGUUAAUCAAUUAAUUCUGUAUUUUCAGGCUAAAGUAAACAACAGCAGCCUUGUCGGUGUUGGCUAUACCCAGACGCUGAGACCAGGUAAGACCUCUCGUUUAAGAAUAAUUAUAAUCGUUAUCUUAUUGGUGUUUCUAAAGGUUAUUUUAUCAUCUGUCACUAGAAUAAAGUUCACAGCACUGGUUCGUGUUCCUUUAGUUCUGAUGUUAGGACUUUAUCCCCCUAGAGUCGAUGUCCGCACCCUGCGGAAUUCUUAGGAUAAUAAUGAAAAUCCCCCAUAAAAACCGUCUGUUUAAGCAAGAGAUUUUUUUUUUUAGCAUAUUAUAAUCUUAUUUACAAUAAGUGACUCCAAAAUGACAAGAAAUUAAUAGUAAAUAAUGUAUUGGGCAACAACUGUGUAGUGGGGUAAUAUUUGAUAUAUGCAUAAUAUUAUAUAUUCCUCAUGAUAAGACUAUGCAAUUAGCCGGGAGAACUGAUAUGUAUAAAAAUACCCUCAAAUAAAAGGUGACAUUCUGUACUGUCGCCUUAUCUAAAACAUUUUAUUUCAAAUCCUAAAUGCUGCCGUAUAGAGCCACAUUUUAAAUGUAUUAGCUUCUGUCCACAUACAUAGGUAGGGGAAUAUACAAUGUGGACCCAGAGGAUAGCACUAAGUAUUAAUUAAAACACUUGUUUCCAAAGUGGUCCUCUUGUGUGUUGCACCAUUCUCCUCUGUAGCCCACUGCUUUAAUGAGCUGAGGGCCAACCCACACGUCAUAAUACACUACAUGACCAAAAGUAUGCUCGUCAAACAUCUCAUUCCAAAAUCAUGGGCAUUAAUAUGGAGUUUGUCCCCCUUUGCUGCUAUAACAGCAUCCACUAUUCUGGGAAGGCUUUCCACUAGAUGUUGGAACAUUGCUGCGGAGACUUGCUUCCAUUCGGCCACGAGCAUUAGUGAGGUCAGGCACUGAUGUUGGGCGAUUAGGCCUGGCUCGCAGUUGGUGUUCCAAUUAAUCCCAAAUGUGUUGGAUGGGGUUGAGGUCAGGUCUCUGUGCAGGCCAGUCAAAUUCUUCCACACUGAUCUCGACAAACCAUUUCUGUAUGGACCUCGCUUUGUGUACGGGGGCAUUGUUAUGCUGGAACAGGAAAGGGCCUUCCCCAAACUGUUGCCACAAAGUUGGAAGCACAGAAUCGUCUAUAAUGUCAUUGUAUGCUGUAGCGUUAAGAUCUCCCUUCACUGGAACUAAGAUAGUGAAGCGUGAUUCAUCACUACAGAGGACACGUUUCCACUGCUUCAGGGUCCAAUGGCGGCGAGUAGAAGUAGACAUGCUUCUAUAAGUGCAUGUAUACACUCGGUACUGCACCAAAAUUGAUUUUGAAGAUGUUAAUACUUUACUGUGGACUCGCACAUGGUGAGUGUUAUGAGUUUCUAGGGUAUCAGGUGAUUACGAAUGUAAGGAUGUACUUAAACACUUUUGGGGAGUUCAUAAACUAUAUUUAAUAUGGUACCAUGGUUAGUUAUAACAGACGAAGGACAUAGCCCUGCCUCUUCCUAACUCCAGAACAAAGAUCCACUCUCUCUCUAUAUAUAUAUACACUCUGUUACAAGUCUCUCCACAAACAUCUGGUAAUCAUUUACAUUUACAUUUUAGUCAUUUAGCAGACGCUCUUAUCCAGAGCGACUUACAGAAGCAAUUAGGGUUAAGUGCCUUGCUCAAGGGCACAUCGACAGAUUUUUCACCUAGUCGGCUCGGGGAUUAGAACCAGCGACCUUUCGGUUACUGGCACAACGCUCUUACCCACUAAGCUACCUGCCGCCCCAAUCAUCAUGGGCACUCCCAUUCUUUGAUGGGCACUCCCAUUCUUUCAUGGGCACUCCCAUUCUUUCAUGUUAUUACCCUUUACCCCCAAGUCAUAUAUCCUGUCCAUCAAUUAUUCUAAGAUCAACAUCAGUAAUCUCCUUUGACAUAACGGAAUGUAGACUCUGUGGCAGCAAACCACUUAUCUACUAACUCCCCUGGUCCACACAAUACUAUGACAUGACAUCAUUACAGUGAGAAUCUGCAAAUGAACUACCGGCAACCAGUCAUUUUCAAUGAAAGGAGUAGACUCAAAGCGACUGUCGGCUAAUAGAGGGAGCUAGCGACCAGACAUUCCCAGCGACUGCUGUCAUGCGUGCUGUUUAAAGGGGAGAUCUCAACGACUUGAUCGCUGAUUAUCUCAGCAAGUGAGUCCCUAGUAAUGCAACAUCCUAUUCAAAUCACUUGCUAUCGAUGUCUGAGUGUUGUUAUAGAUAUACUCAUACUCAUGCAGUGCUACAGAAGGCUCCAAUAGAAGUCUGUUAUGUCAAAGACUUGUUUCUCUUUCAUUUAAAGAUAGGAAAUCAUGUCUGCUCUAUAGGAGAUUUAUAUCUGCAAUGUUGAGAAUGUUGACACCAGGGAUGGAAUUUAAGGAUUUUCACAAGCCUCUGGCUUGCUUAAUUUCCAUCCCUAGUUGACACCUAUUUUCUUUUCACCCUCAUCCUGAAUGCGACCCUGACCUUCUCUCUCCCCUGUUGCAGGUGUGAAACUCACCCUCUCUGCCCUGGUGGACGGUAAGGGCAUCAACGCUGGAGGCCACAAGCUGGGCCUGGGGUUGGAACUGGAGGCCUAAACUCUCCUUGCGGUGAAGGGAACAAGAGAAUAUCAGCAGAAUCUGGCCUUCAAAUGUAUUUCCAACUCAAACCAGCAAGGGGAUAUAUCAUGGAAGGAGGGGAUUUGUUCAGAGGCUACAACAAGAGAAGAAAAAAACACUACCCCGUCAUUCUUUGGUGUACAUGUUUGCUUUGUAGUUGUUUCCAUUAAAAGACACACUUUCAGUGGGUCAAUAAUUUAUACACCUUCUCAUUGCGUCUACCCAACACUGCCAUGACAAUGAAAUACACCACAUCAUUCUCCUCCCAAUGUGGCUAGUUGGUCACCUGUGGCUUCCAUGUUUAUCUCAAGUGUUUUUAUUUGAUGAGACAUCAGAUUGUUUAAACGCGGCAGUUGGGUUUGGUCAUACCUUUCUGAUUUUACAAUUUUUAACGAAUCAUCUAAUAUUCUCAGUUGUCUGAACGUCUCAUUUGCAAUUGUGUUAUUUGCUAGGCUUCCCCUACUAUUUAAAUAUUGUCGUAUACCUUUCCACUCACAUGAGGACAAGCUUAAAGCUGUGUUGUACUGUUAUGAUCUGUCAUUCGGCGAUCAGGGUUUGAGAUGUUAUAUCAAAGCUGUACAUGAUGAAGCCCUCACUUAAACUGAGCAGUUUUGGGGUGGCUUGAAACUGAGUCUGUUAGGGGUAAACCAUUCAUUCUUGGCCGACCUGGCAGGCUUUCUUUGUUUUCUACUGCUGCAGACGACUAAGGGAGGGUUUACUAAGGUUCACAGUAAAGCCGAACUGCCUGGAUACUGUCCGGCUUUGGUGUGGUGUACUCUAAGUCAAGUUCAGUGUGUAUGCUAAACCAGUGGAUUCUUCUGGUCACUUGGCUGACUAAGAACAAGAUCACAGGAAACCUGGAAGGUUGUUGCGUGUAUGUUUUAACUUAUCAAUAAAGUAUUUGAACUCCAGAAUCCAACUCCUUGCUUUUAUUGAGAUUUAACUUCUCUGGGCUUGGGGUGUCUUGCACAUACACUGAGUAUACCAAACAUUAGGAACACCUUCCUAAUAUUGAGUGGCACACCCUUUUGCCCUCAGAGCAGCCU